AUGAAAAUUUUAAAGAAACUAUUUAAAAAAUUUAAUAAAAAAUCAAAGAAAGAAAAUCUUUUUAUUACAAGAGAUUAUUCUACAUGGUCGAAUGACAAUAAAGAAAAAUCUUUUAAUUCAAUUUCUUCAUUAUCACUCGAACAUGAAAAACAAUUUACAGAAAUAAAAUUUUGUGAAUGUAUAUAUUUUACAAAUUAUAAAAAUUUUAAAGAUUAUUUAAUCGAUGAAGGAAUUAUAAAUUCUUCUUUAAAAAUUUAUGAAAAUACUAAAAAUAAAAGAUUGAAUAAUGGAAUAUCUGAAAGAAAUACAAAAUUAAUUGAUUAUUGUUUAGAAGAAGUAAAUGAAUAUUGUAAAGAAUAUAAUAUUAAAUAUAUUUGGACUUGGAAUGAUUUGGAAGAAUAUAAUAAAGAAUAUCUCAAUAAAAUCGUUAAUUCAUUAUAUGAAAAAUAUGACGUAAAUGAAAAUUUUGUUAAAAAAAUUAAAGAUAAUAAAGAUAAAGAUAUUAUGAUUGGUAAAGAAGAUAUUGAAAAAUUAGUUUCUUGUAAAUUUAGAAACAAAAGAAAUAUUGGAUUUGAUGAUGUUGAAAGAACAGCGAUUAGAUCUAAAUAUUAUAAUGUUCAAGGCUUUAUUGUAACAAAUUUAGAUUAUUCACGAAAAGCAGAGAAAAAUGCUUUUAAGCAUAAUAUUAUUUUAACUUAUGAAUCAAAUCUUAAACGUAAAUUAAAUUUUUAUAUUCAAAAAGAUUUAGAAAAGAAAGAACUUGAUAUUUUAUAUGAAAUUUUAAAAGAAUAA